GAGACUAGCGCUGUGACGUCAGAGCGCUGUGAGGCAGAGCACGGGGCAUCACUGCACAUCCAUUAGCAGGCUAGCUGGCUAACUGUGGCUAACGUCAGCUAUGGUCCAUCACUAUUAUUAUCUAAUUUCCAAAAUAAACAACCACUCGGAAUGACAUGGCUGACUAGCAACAGGCACGGAACAUGGUGACUGUUUGGAUUUUAACUGGGAAUCCAAUGGUGCAACGAAGCGAGUGAGGAGCUUGCGUCACUGAUGCCAGGUGCAGGCUGUAGCUGAGAGCUCUCAGGAUGAGUGGGACUGGAGAGCACACUGACAUCCUGUCAGUGGCAGACGUGGUCAGAGACAGAUGGAAAGUGACAAGGAAGAUAGGUGGAGGCGGCUUUGGGGAGAUCUACGAGGUUCUGGAUCAGUUGAGCCAGGCCACUGUUGCCUUAAAGGUGGAGUCUGCUCAACAACCCAAACAGGUGCUGAAGAUGGAGGUGGCUGUGCUGAAGAAACUUCAGGGCAAAGACCACGUGUGCCGCUUUGUGGGCUGUGGCCGAAAUGAUCGGUUCAACUACGUGGUGAUGGAACUCCAGGGGAGGAAUCUUGCAGAUUUGCGAAGAACCAUGAGCCGCGGCACCUUUUCCGUCUCCACAACUUUGCGACUUGGCAAACAGAUUUUAGAGGCCAUUGAAAGCAUCCACUCUGUAGGCUUCCUGCACCGAGACAUCAAACCCUCCAACUUUGCAAUGGGAAGGCUAGCCAGUACCUGCAGAUGCUGCUAUAUGCUUGAUUUCGGCUUGGCCCGCCAAUUUACCAACUCCAGCCAAGAAGUCCGUCCACCCCGUCCGGUGGCAGGCUUCAGAGGAACUGUGCGAUAUGCUUCAAUCAAUGCUCAUAAGAAUAAGGAAAUGGGUCGACAUGACGACCUGUGGUCCCUCUUCUACAUGCUGGUUGAGUUCACUGUUGGUCAGCUUCCCUGGAGGAAAAUCAAAGACAAAGAACAAGUAGGAAACCUAAAAGAUACGUAUGACCACCGACUCAUGCUGAAGCACCUUCCCUCAGAGUUUUGUGCUUUCCUGGAUCACAUCUUGACCUUGGACUACUUCACUAAGCCAGACUAUCAGGUUGGCCAUGUCUUUGUUGAGAACGCUAUGAAGAGUCACAGUGUGCUGGAGAAUGACCCUUAUGACUGGGAGAAAUGUGACUCGGAGGGUAUGCUGAGCAUCACUGCCGCAACAACCACGGCUCAGCAGCUCACUCGCCUCACACCGGCGUACUUGGGCAUGGCCAACGCUUCUAUGCUGCCAGCCGAGCUGCAGAGGGAGAACACUGAGGAUGUCCUGCAAGGGGAGCGCCUCAGCGACGCAGACAACUGCCCCCCCAUCCCCACACCCACCACCCCUGGUGCAGAUGUAUGGGAAGAGAUGGACCGCAACCGCAACCUUAAACAUGUCCAGCCGACCAUCAGGAAGGUGGUGAGUGAGGAUGAACACAGUCAGAACCAGGGGAACCAAAGCCCCAACACCGGCUCCAUGCAGAGUUCUCCUAGACGGGUGCGAUCAGAGACCAUGUUCCUGGAGCGGGCUGCACCUCUUCUCCGGAGGAUGAGACACAGUCAGAGCUUGGCGUUUGAAAAGAGGCUCGCACCCGAACCCAAGCCCACCAUCGAACGCUUUCUUGAGGCCUACCUGGGCAAACAACGCCCUGUCCUUUCUCAAGUCGGGAAGAUGACCAUUCCUGAGAGGGGGGAGGGGAAGCAGCCUUUCUGCCUCGAGGAGCACUCGGGCGCAGCCACCCCUGAUCAAGAGGAAGGAGCAGCCAGCUGCGGAUUUGUGGCCGUGAACCUCAGCCCCGUGCCCCAGGAGGGAGACUCUCAGGAGUGGGUGAUGCUGGAGCUAGAGCAAGGCGGCGGUUCUGGAGCCAGCAAGCCUACAGGCGAGGACAAGCGUGAGGACAAGCGUGAGGACAAGCCUGGGACGGACGCGCCCGCUGAGGCUGAGAAUCAGACCUCCGAGCCGCAGGAGGGUCAGUCAGCAGCGGUGCCCAGCAGUCCUAUCCUGUCACAGAUGUCCAUGCCCGGCACGUGGUUACUGGGCCACAGGAGACUGCCGGGGAUGCUGGGACAACUGCCCUCAGUCAUGAUGGGACGAACCCAGAUGGACCAGUCUUCUAGCUGUGCACUCCCGUCCCCUGUGGAUGAGAGGAGCGCUGCAAUACCACUAGAGGCGCCAUCUGAAAAAUCUGAAAUACUCCCAGAAGAAAUCUUAAACCACGGAGAGAAGUUGGAGUUAACCCCAGUGCCAAGCUCAGCCAAAGGUCACGCUGCUCAUCUGACAAACGACAGAGACCCUGAGAGUGACUCUGGUCUGCCUGACCGCUCCUCGGAGCCCAAUCAGCAGCCUCAAGCCGACACAGCAGGGGGCGCUAUGGAGAGCACCGUCACCGUCUCCUCCUCUCCUCCCCCAGCCCUGCUCCGGAUAAGAGACUGUCCCUCGUCCCCUAGAUUAAGUCGUAUCCCAGUUCGAGACCCCAGCAACCCCCUGGACUCUCCGAGCAGGGACCUGAACAUGGAGAGGCGUCACCGCUGGAGCAGCCCGGUCCCCGGCUCCCCCACCCACUCCCCCUCUCCGUCUCUGUCCUGUGACAACCUGCCGUGCGUUUUGCCGAGAGACCGGCUCUUCUCAGAGCGAGGAUCCAGGUCUGACUGUGUCGGAGAAGACCCUCUCUCCCUGUCCUCCUCAUCGGGGAGUAAGAGUAAGAUCCCCCGACCUGUGAGCGCCACCUUCAUACCGGAGCAACUCACUAGCAGGUUUCUGCCUCGACCACCGCCGGGGAAACCACCCAUCCGCCCGGGCGUGGACAACAGAAGGCGCCGGUUAAGAGUGCGUGCCAGCAGCACCAGCGACGCAGACUUCCUGGCCAGUCUAACUCAGCUGAUGCAGGACCGCGGCGGGGUGCUCUUCAGCCCCCCCCCUCGCCCUCGCAGCUCCUCCUCCUCCCUGCAGCGCUCCCUAAGCUCCUCCCCCUCCCGGGAGCUCCGGGAGGGCGGGGUGCUGCAGGGACGCAGCUACUCUCCCUCCAGCUUCUCUGGUUCCCCUCCUCCUCGCCACUCUCACCCACACGACAGGCCCGGGCUCCAGGCUCCGUGGGGCCACAGCUCCAGGGGAAGGGGUCUCCUCCACGAGGGUAAAGGCUCUGGAAAAGUGAGUCGGUGACUGUAUUUGGAACAUAAGUGACUGAUCGGGAUGGUGCAACUGUAGCGAGAGGCUGUUUCACAUCCAGUCGCUGAUAGCAUGUGUAAAUACAGUAUUUACUCAAGGGAAUGUACUGUAUGUAAUGUAAAAUGUAUAAAAUGUAUUUAUUUAUUUAUUCAUUUGUUGGACGUGUCUCUCGAAAUACUUGACGAUGUGGCUUGAUACCUGCAGUUGAAAUAGAAAGGUUGAGAAAACCUUAAGAUUGCCAACUCUUACCUCUCAUUUCACUCCUCUUAACUCUCCAUAUAGGCCUAAUAUGAGACCAAAAAGAUAAUGUUAAAUACUUGAGGGAUGUAAAAAAUGAUGCUUAUUGUAGAUAUGUACCAUGAGGAAGAUAGUAAACACUAAUAGAAACCAUGAACUCACGUUAAGAACACUAAUAAUAAAUAACACCACGUGCAGUAUACCAACAUCGGUUGACAUGUACAGAACCAGGGCAUGCAGCUUUGACCUCACUCCUGUAAAACAGCUGGAUUAAUUAUUAUAUGUGACAAUGAAUUGCUCAUUUGACAUAUCAGAGCGUAGUAGUGUGCUUUUACUUUGCUAGAAAAUAUUUGUCAUGCAGAAGGCAUCCGCAUAUUAGAAUGUACAUGUAAGUGCACUCAUACUUAAGUAUUGUGAAAGAGCAUGGCUAUCAUUGCAAUGGAUCUUUUUUUAUUUUAUUCAUUUGUACAAUCUGCUUGGGCGUGUAUUUUUAUUGAACUGCUUAUGAUCUCAAAGAACAUCAUAAUAUGAACCAGCAAAGAUGUGCACUUUUAUUUCUUCCACAAAAUAGAUGGUAAAGGAAGAAAACUGAUAAAAAUGGAACCUGUUCAUCAUGUCUCCUUGUUGUUGCAUUUUAUUUUUUAGCACAAUUUUAAAUAUAGUCAAUUAAAUAAAUGCCAAUUCUAAACAAACGUUGAAUUCAUGGCUACACUUGCUGUAGUUUUUCAUUGUUGAUUAAACGGUUAGUGCAUUUA